CGAACAGACAGUGGGAGUCGGGCUUAGCACAGUAUGGCGACCGUACCGGAUUGGGGUGAGAAGACCAGUGGCUCUGAGGUUGCAGAGCGCUUCCAAGGUAGCAUAAGGGGCAGGAAUGUCCUCAUCACAGGCGUGUCCCCGAAUUCGCUAGGCGAAAGCACGGCGGCAGCAAUUGCUCGACAUGAACCGAACAGCCUGGUACUGGCGUCUAGGACGAAAGCAAAGCUUGACGAGGUUGCGAACAGCAUCACCCAGUAUGCCCCUCGUGUCCGUGUGCAUUGCAUUGAAUUGGAUCUGUCAUCCCAAGCUUCCGUACGUAAGGCAGCAGUGCAGAUUGCAAGUACUGUUGACCAUCUCGACGUCCUGAUCAAUAACGCUGCGGUGGUCACGUCCGAACGGAAGGAGACUGCAGAAGGCAUUGAACUGCAGUUCGGCACGAACCAUAUCGGCCACCAUCUGCUCACCUCACUGCUGAUGCCUCUGAUCAUCGCCGGAGCCAAUCAGCCGAGAGAGCCUAGUAUGGCACGCAUAGUCAACGUUACAAGCCAAGGAUACCGCUUAAGCCCCAUCCGCUUCCACGACUACAACUUCCAGGGGAGUGAAGUGCCGCCAGAGGAGCAACCAGCGGAAUGGAUCCCAGCACACAUGAAGCCUGAUCCUGCCUCCGGGAAACCAUACUACGUGUUUACCGCAUACGGCCAGUCUAAGACAGCAAAUAUCCUGCACACUGUGUCACUGAACAAGAAGUAUGGCGGUGAAGGCAUUCGAGCGUUUGCGGUGCAUCCUGGCUCGAUCUGGACCGACCUAUCCCGGAACCUGGCACCAGAUGACCUCAAGAUCAUUGAGGGCACAAGCACGUUCUGGAAGAAUCAAGAUCAAGGCGUAGCAACUACCCUCGUGGCCGCUUUCGAUCCCAAGCUGGCCGGUGUCACGGACCGCGUGUAUUUGAGCGACUGCCAACUUGAGGAUGUGGUGGACCAUGCGAAAGACCCUGCCCUUGCAGAACGCUUGUGGCUUUUGAGCGAGCAGCUAACCGCGGGCGACGGUCAGUACAGUUAGACUUCAUCGUCUCCUGUCGACCUACACGUAUCCUGGCGUCCUCUUAGCCGCUGUCUAGAUCCAGUUCAUGCUAU